AUAUUUUACAACCCAAGGCGUACAAAUCACAAACACGUACCCUCUCUAUCUCUCUACGAAUCUUCUUCCGUCAAAGAAUCAAAGCAUGAAGGGAGGUAAAUCAAAGGCUGAUACCAAGAGCUCCAAGCUCGCGGUGAACAAGAAGCCUGCAAAGGCAAGCAAAGCGGCUGGGGCUGCGGCUGCUAAGGAUCCAAACAAACCUAAGAGGCCUUCCAGUGCCUUCUUCGUUUUCAUGGAGGAUUUCCGUCAGACUUACAAGAAGGAUCAUCCCAAUAACAAAUCUGUUGCUGCUGUUGGGAAAGCUGGUGGACACAAGUGGAAAUCCUUGUCUGACACUGAGAAGGCUCCCUACGUUGCUAAGGCUGACACGCGCAAGGUUGACUACGAGAAGAACAUGAAAGCCUACAACAAGAAGCUGGAGGAAGGUCCAAAGGAGGACGAGGAGGAAUCUGACAAGUCCGUGUCUGAGGUUAAUGAUGAGGAUGAUGCCGAUGAUGGGAGUGAUGAGGAGGAAGACGAUGACUAAGAAGUUUAUGUCCGGUAGCAUAAUAUAGGACGCUGCAAUGAUCUCUUGGAUGUUCUUUCUCAUUUUCUCUUCAAAAUGUUAACGAAGCUGUUUUAAAUGUUUUUUUUUUUUUACUGAUUCUACGGGUAAUGGAAAAAGCGAAUGUAAUGAGAGAUUUGCAGCUCAAUAUAAAAUAUUAAGCCUUUUUAUAGCUACGUUUGUUAUGAUCUUAAUGCUCUUUUUUAAUC